GCGAGGACUGAAGUGACUAGUGAGAAACCUGAAGAUUUAUUAGUGUUCUCAUCGUUCUAUUAUUAUUGAUAAAUAAAAAAUGUCAAGAUGACUCAAAACCGAAUAAUUUCAAUGACUAACAUUCUUUCAUUUUUCAAAGACUACAUUUCGCAACUUGAGAAGGGAGAAUAUUAUUUUAACAGUGGAAAUGUCGUAUGUACACAUUUUAAUCCUGAAGUACACCCUUUUUUACUUAAAGGAGAAGUGCAAGCAAGUAUGAAGGACAGGGUAUAUUCCGUUGAGCUAUCUUUAGAUGCAGAAGAUGGAAUCGUGACUGCAACCUGCUCAUGCCCUAGGAACCAAUUAGUGUGCCACCAUAUGGCAGCUCUCUGUGUUUUUGGACACCAUAAUCUCAGAUUACCUAUGGAUAUGCCAUGCACAUCGAAUGCACCAAUAGACACUUCUGAUGAAGAAGAAGAUGAAGUUCAAAGUAUAGAACAAAUUUUUCCAAAGGAAAAAAAGAAUUACUGUGCUGUUCGUCGAUUGGCAACAGAGCAAGAAAUUGAGAAGUUCGUAAAUUCUUUGGACGAUUCAGUAGGAUUCAAAUGGUUGCUGAAGCCAGAACCUUCAUAAUUUGGUGCCUGCAAUUCACGAUAUUAUAUUCAUUAAAGAGUGUCUGGAACAAAA